CACUGGGCUUGGCUGAAGCCCACGGCCCACUGCCACCUAGGCGCCGGGGCUGAGGGCGGGCUGUUCCAUUGAUCCAGGAAGGGAAGAUUUCUGGGAGUUCCACACGUGACAUCACAAUCGUAUCCGGCUGGGGGCGAGAGCAGGAGGCAUUUCCAAGGAGACGAGGGUGCAGUCUUUCCUUUACACCCUCUUAUUUCCUCCUUCCUUUCCUACUUUUUCCCUUCCUCCCUUCCUCCUUCCUCCCCCUUACCUCCCCACUUCCGCCGCUGUGGUGCCCUUUGCCUGUGCCUCCAGAGCUGGGCGCUCCUCGGCCCGCUGCUGACAGGGAGGAUUCUGUACUGAUGAGCAUCACCUAUAUAAACAGGUUACCCAGCUGGGAGAGAAGACAUCCGCUGCCUGGGGUGGCGCCUAGCACUGAUGCAUCUACCUUCCUUGAAGGUGAAUGCAAGGAGUCUGACGGGUGGAAACACAAACAGUGUUCUGGGCACAUCAUCCACCCCUUCUCUGACUGUGGUCACCACAACCUGCACCUACAUGCUGUCAGCCGCCGUGACUGUGAUUCCAGGCUGAAGGUCUGCUCAGAGAAGGCAAACAGCAGCAGCUCUUGGGACUCGAGCUCAACCUGCUCCCGAGAUGUGGGCUCAACCUGCUUCAACAUCAUCCAGAACCCUUGCUUUCCACUCAUCCCAGAGGAAGAGUGUGUGGAGCGAUUCUGGUAUGGCUGGCGCAAAAGCUAUAGGCCUGUCUCUGUGACAGUGAUCCACCAUCCCAUCCACCAUGAGUGUGAGACAGAUGACCUAAAUGAGGAAGAAGAGGAGGGAGAGGAGGAGGAAGAAGAAAGCAAGCCUUCCAUCCCAACCCAGGUGGGACCCAUUGUUACACCCACUGACCCAGGCAAGGGCACAAUCCCUGGUGCUCCUGACUCAGCAGCACCCAUCACCAUCUGGCGCUCUGAGAGCCCCAUAGGGAAAAGCCAGGGCAAUAAGGUGACCAAGAAGGUAAAGAAGAAAAAGGAAAAUGAGAAAGACAAAGAGGAGGAAAUGACAGAUGAGAAGGCAAAGCUGAAGAAAAAAGCCAAGAAGGGCAAGUUGAUGAAGAAGAAAAGUCCAAUGAAAUCAGAGUCUUCACCUGCAGAUUUGAGCCAUUCAUUAAGCCCAAGAGAGUUGGCCCGGAUGUCAGAGUCCAGUCCAGAAAGCCGAAGAGAUCUGGAGAAUGAAGACAGUUACCAUAACAGGAGACAGGAGGAGCCCUCCAGUGAGGAUAUCAUGGAGUCAUCAUCACCCAGAAAAAGAGAGAAGAGCACCACCCAGGCCAAGAAGAAUGGGACAAAGACCUCUUCUCAAGCCAAGAAGGUGACCAAGAGGAAAUCUCCCCCAGUCUCCAACCCCAAUCUCAGUUGAAGGCAGGGUGAAGAAUAAAUGGCAUCAAGCCUGUAGCUGACCUCCUGCUGCUGUUCUUCCAACAGGGUUACUUCUUAGAGGCAGUGGGCUCUGGGAAUACUGGGGCCAAGGGUCAGGGACUGCAGGGCUAUUCUAAGGGCAAUACAGCUUCCAGGAAGUCCAUGGGAAGACAGAUGAAAGGCAAACAGCGGCAUAGCUGCCUCUCUGUAACAUCUUAGACCAGGGUGGAAGAGUACCACUGGGGAUGGGCUUUCUGUCCCUGGAAGACUGGUACGUGUGAAACCCACUUCUGGGACAGGGCAGCACUGUGCAGCAAUACCAGCAAUAAACUGAACCUUUUCACCCUCUCUGCCACUAUGCCUG